AUGAAGAAACUCAAUCACCAUAAUCUGGUGUCAUUGAUCGAGGUCCUGGACGACCCAUCGGAAGAUUCUCUUUAUAUGGUCAUGGAGAUGUGCAAGAAAGGCGUGAUUAUGAAGGUUGGAUUGGAAGAAAGGGCGGAUCCAUACGAUAACGAACAUUGUCGAUGUUGGUUCCGCGAUUUGAUUCUGGGCAUUGAGUACCUGCAUGCUCAAGGCAUCGUUCAUCGUGACAUCAAACCGGAUAAUUGCUUGGUCACUAAUGACGAUGUGCUGAAGGUGGUUGACUUUGGUGUGUCGGAGAUGUUCGAAAAGGAUUCGGACAUGUUCACUGCCAAGUCGGCAGGAUCGCCGGCAUUUCUUCCCCCAGAGUUAUGCGUCGUCAAACAUGGUGAUGUAUCAGGAAAGGCAACGGACAUAUGGUCUAUGGGUGUGACUCUAUAUUGCCUUCGAUACGGAAGGCUACCUUUUGAGAAGCACAAUAUCUUUGAGCUGUACGAUAGUAUCAGAGGCGAUCCUCUGGUUUGUGAAAAUGAGGAGGACGAAUCGUUCAAGGAUUUGAUCUUCCGAAUCUUGGAGAAAGAUCCAGAGAAGCGAAUCGACAUGUUUGGACUACGAGACCAUCCUUGGGUAACCAAAGAUGGAACAGACCCUUUACUUUCGUUUGAGGACAAUACGUCGCAAAUCAUUGCACCGCCCACAGAGGAAGAGAUGGACAGCGCCAUCACAACCACCAUGGGUCACUUGAUGACAGUGAUGAAAGCCGUCAAGAAGUUCAAGCGACUGACGGAUCCCACGAAAACCAGCGCCCCCCAAACCCCUGUCCAAAGCAUUCUCGGCGGUGACGAGUCCUAUUUCGUCGAGCCCCCAAUGGAGAUGGACCCAGACGAGCCCUUCCCGGCAGUCGGGGAACCAAGUCUACGAGGAGGCGUUCGUAAGGUUCUUAGACAUCCAUUCGCUGGGUUCCGCGAGCCUCAGCCAGGAUCCAGCGACUCGACCAGCAUUUCCUCGCGGCAAAGCACAAGCAGUCAACUACCCGGCAUUGUCGAGACACGAUCAGGUCAUGCAUCUCCAGCUCUAUCACGUGCCAGCUCUGCAGCAAAGCGCAGCAUGGAAGGGACACGCGGUCACGCUCGUGAUCCACUUGAAGAGGAGUUCCCAUUCCUCUUCAUUGGGCCAUCCACAUAUACUGGCUCACACCAAGUAAGCGAUGAGCCUGCUCAGGUCUUCGCAGAGCCAGGUGGUUUUGAAGAAGAGCAGGGGCUGGAGGAAGAACCUGAACCUAUGGUGAGUGAAUCACCCGGCGCGGCGGACUUUGAUAUCUACGAGACAGCGUAUCGCUCGGAACUGGAACGCAUCAAACAAGACUUGGAAGACAAGAACACUGGUCCUAAGGUGUAUCUGAAUCGACGCGUGGAGAACAAAGAUGAGGUCAUGAGACUAGCCAAAGAGAAAGCGCUGGACCUCCAGAUUGGGCAAAAGUUUGCUCUCGCUUCUAGGAGGGCAGGCUCUGCUUUCGGCUCUGCUGUCAAUGCCUUCCGCUCCAUGCCAAAGAGACAAGCGGACUCGGAAGAUACGGAUAAAGGCUUAGAGCAUCCCGAGCCUAAACGUCCCUCUGUUUCUGGAAUCGAGCCUCAAUCUCAGCCGCUUGAAGCGGAGGGGCUUUUGACCCACGGAGGGAGUCCAGAGUACCCGCAGGAUGAUUUUGAUGCGAAGAAGUAG